AUGUUGGCUGAGACUCGGGGUUCCGAUCCUUUGGGUUCAGCAGCACCAUGGAAGCCCCCCACCGCUGGGAAGGAUAUCAAAGGGCAACGGGGUGGAACUCACCAACAACAAGCAUCCAGCCAAAGAAGCUGCUUCUUAGGGGUGGAAAUGAAGCCAGAGCUGGUUUGGGAGGACUGGGACUUGCAAAGAGAGUUCACCAAGACAUUAGUGUUAAAGAACAUUCAUAGCAAGCUGCAGAAGCUACACGUCAGGCCUCCAGCAUCCAAGUUUUUCACCACCUUGAUUUCCCAGAUGAUUGUUCUCAGCCCAGGGACUUCUUUCUCAAUGCCAGUCACCUUUAGACCACUCAAGAGGUGUGAGUAUGAAGACAGUAUUGAAUUUCAAGGUAAAGAUGGCAGCUUCCAAGUAAGCCUCCGUGCUACGAUUCCCUGUCCUGCCCUGGAGGUGCCUGAUUCUGUGCUGCUGCCGCUCUGUGCUGUUCAACACUGCUCAAAUACUACUUUCCUGCUCAGAAAUGUGAGUAAACUCCAGACAUGCUUCCAGUGGGAGUGCUCAGCACCGUUCCAGCUCAGCCCUGAGCAAGGCCUGCUGAAGCCUGGUCAGGAGUGUCACAUCACGGUGGUCUUCCGGCCACAAGAGGCGCUGGUGCACCAGCAACAGGCCUACUGCAUGUUUGGAGAAGAAGAGGACAAGGAACAGAGCUGCUGCACUGUGCUCCUGCAGGGACUAGCCAAGUACCCUUGUCUUCAGCUGAGAAAUCCAGGUACCAAGGAUGGAAAAGAACAGCGAGGUCCAGUGCUGCACUUUGGUUCUGUGGCAGUCGGCCAAAGUUUGCAGAAACAUUUUGAUAUCUUCAACCCCUCUCCUGUAACAGCCUCUUUCUGUCUUUCACGACUGUCCAGUGGGGUGUGUUUGUUGGGGUCAGAGUUCAGCUGUGAUGUGUCCAAAGGUGAGGUGGAGGCUGGUGGGGCACUACGGGCUACAGUCACCUAUACUCCUGCUGUGGUGGAUACUGUCUCUGUUGAAUACCUAUCUCUAAAAUGUAGAGGGGCAUUCAACAAAACUCUGCUCAAACUUACUGGACAUUGUGUAGGUCCCGAAGUUUCAUUGUCCUCCUCUGUGGUGGACUUUGGCUGCGUUGAGGAAGGAGGAGCAGUCGUACAGACAGUGGAGCUGGUUAAUUCCUCGCCUGUUGUGGCUAUAUACCAAUGGGACCUGGACUGUAGUGGGCACAGUGUGUUCAGCAUCCAGCCAGCAAGUGGCGCUGUACGCCCACAUAGCCAUACCACUCUGAAAGCAGUCUAUAGACCCACACAACCUAUUGCACAUCACAGGAGAGUGGCAUGUCUCAUACUGCACAGGGACCCCAUGUUCCUUGAUCUGAUUGGCACCUGUCACUCAGGGCUCCGGCAACCAGCCAUACUGAAACCUGAACACUUGGUUCUGUACAAGCUCCACUGGUACCGUAGACAGGACCCACCAGACAAUCUCAGUCCCAUGCAGCAAGACCAUCAUGUAUGCUUGGAGCAACAAGGAAUGCUCUGCCCCCUGGAGGAGCAGUCACACCAGAUACCAGACAGUGCUGGUGUUGGGUCGAGAACUCCCAUGGAGGAAUAUUACCAGUCCUGCUUGGGGUGCAUGGAUCCCCUCUCCUCCAGUUCUUCUUGGUCUUCACAUGUGUCUGUGGUGCCCAGUGAACUACUGUUUAAUCAUAAAAUGUCCUCCUCUUUGUCCACUUCCUCUAAGUCUGUCUCCAUCACCAACCACACCAGGGGGAAAGUCAGCCUGGUGUGGACUGCUGCCCAAGACUCUCCGUUCUCUGUAUCUCCUUUGUCAUGUGACCUAGCUCCGCUGAAGUCCACCUCAUUCAGAGUGACCUACGACCCUAAGCAGCUCAAUACUCUGCAUGCAGCACAACUUGAGUGCUUUGCAUGCUAUAAGGACAAUCACUACAUAGAGGAGCGACUGUUGUGUCCACCCUGGUGUGUGACUGUCAGAGUCAUAGGCCACUCCUUUCAGCCAGGCAAAGAGCAUUUCAUCCCCUGUUGCUCCCUGAAGCCUCCUCGAGUGGUGUUUCCAGCCCUUAGUGUUCUUUCCUACCGGACAGCGCUCCUCCAGAAUUGUGGAGACCUGCCCCUCACUUUCUGUCUGGACCAAAGCUCAAACCCUUCCUCUGCAGACUCUGUGUCUGUAGUGCCGGGCUGUGGUUUGAUCCAGCCUGGGAAUCACCAAAUCCUCACCCUCAGAACAACUCCAACAGAAGACAGCCCAAAGCAGGGAUUUAGUGUACACCUUCAGCUCAAUGCAGCUAAACUCACAAUGGAACUGACAGUUGUCAGCGUGGUGGAAAAGCUGUGCGUGUCUCUGGAGGGAGACGGCAGCCUAUAUUUCCACCCAACUGCGGUGGGCUCACGGACGCAGCGCUCCCACCACAUCAGGAACCUCAGUCGCCUACCUCUACGAUUCAAGUGGAACAUUCCAGAGCCAGACCAGGAGCUUAUCUCUGUUGAACCAGACGCUGGUGAACUGCACCCCAAUGAGAGCUUCGUCCAAAUAUGGUCCUUCAGCCCACUGGCAGAAAGAACACACACACUCAAACCCACUCUCACCUUCUGGCCGAUCCAGACACCUGGAUGUAACAAGUCACAGCUUACCCUUGAAGUGGUGGGGGUGGGAUCUAAAGCCUUCAUAGAGGCAGAGAAAGCAGUUCUGGAUGUUGGGGACAUUCUGGUUGGAAGCAAUCGCUCAAUUGAGGUUCCUCUUGUGAACAACAGCCCCUGUCCCAUCCCCUUUUGUCUGUCUGUACAGCAGAUACUUCAGGAUGAGGAAUCGCUUAAUGAUCCCGAGACUCUGCCAACCCUGCAGCUGGACUGCGAGAGGGGAACCAUCGCCUCACACUCCACAAUGCUUCUUCGAUCCACUGUCAGACCCCACAGACGAGCCCAGUACCUGUGGACCAUCAGCUGCCAGAUAUUGAAUGCCAGUGGCUGUGUGUCAUCUCCUCCCCAAGCAGUGUGUGAGGUGCGAGCUAAGGGUGUGUUUCCCACCCUACAGGCGAUUGAUGUACAUGGUGGUGGCAGUGUCAGCAAACUCAGCAAGGUGCAUCUGUGGAAACUCUUCUCAUUGGACGGCCUCAAUGAGCACCUGCACUCCAGCCCCUCCCCUGCAGAACUCACCUAUAGAACCCCCACCAGGCACAGUCUGCACUCUUGUCCCCCUAUCUUCACUAAAGCCAUGUUGGAUUUCAACUUCAGUGCCGCGCCGCUGAAUUCAGACCCCUCAACUUUUGUGUUGAUGUUUCACAACCCUGGCUCCAUCCCUGUAGACUGGGCAUUCUUGUUUCCAGAGGACCAACAGAUAGAGUUGGAGUACUGGGCCGAGACAGGAGAGUUUAGCAGCACAGAGCUGUACCAGAUGAAGGUUCAGGACAAACAUCUGUUCAGCAUUUCUCCCCGAUCUGGAACUUUACUCCCAGGCCAGCAGAGGGCAGUACACUUCAGCUACAGCCAUGAAUUUGCUGGGACGGAUCGGUUUCCUGUCGUGUUCAAACUGUCUUACGGCAGAGAGAUCUUGCUGAACUUUAAGGGAGUGACGGUGGAGAGAGACAAGUCGUAUCUCCACUUUGCCUCCAGGCGACAUGUCUUCACUGCAGUUACUAUAGGGGAUUGUACUCCUCCGAGGCAGGUGUAUGAACUACACAAUGGUGGUGCAGUGCCAGUCCGUUAUGAGGUGGACUCUACUGUGUUGUCACAGCUCCAGAUUGAAAACUUCAACCAUCCAGUGCUGUGCUGCCUCAGUCCAGAGGGAGAGGUCCUACCUGGGAAGACGGCCAUGCUGGAAUGGAUCUUCUCUCCACUGGAGGCUAAGAUGUACCACAUGGAAAUUCCUAUCCACGUUCAGGAUGGGGACUCCACGCUGGUGAGGUUUGAGGGAUGUGGGUUUAAUUUUCCUGCACUGAGUCCCAAACACGCAUUUAACUGCAGUGAUACUAAGGCACCUGAACCCUGUGUCCAGAGGCUGCCCUUCCCAGGACAAGCAGUAUUCCUGUCUGAGGACAGUGUCUCCCUAGGUAACAUCCCUGUGGGCUCACGAUCUUCAAGAAUCCUCUUCCUGAACAAUGUGUCUCACACAGACACUGUCCACUAUACAUGGGACCUGCUCCAGCAGCGUAGUCAGCAGGUGGUGCAGAUCCAUCCAGAGCGAGGUAGUCUGGGUCCAGGGGAGAGUGCCAUGUGUGUCCUUACCUUCACUGCUGCUGACUACCCCACUUGUUAUCAGUUAGAUGUCAUCUGUCAGGUUAUAAAGGAAGCUGCACUGACUCAGUAUCAUGAUGCUUUGAAGCGUUGGGAGGAAGAGAAAGAGAGAGAGCAAGAAGAAUUCACUAUCACGGACAAAAAUCUUACAGAAAGCCCAGGAGUUCUGAUAGAUAAGGAACUUGUAGCAGCUCCAGUGAGAAAAGGACCACCAUUCAGGAAAUACAAGACUCUUCCUCCCAUCUGUGCCAGUGAUAGCUGUGAAGCAGUGGGCACUUUAUGUACCAAGCUAACAAGAGCUGAGCGGCGGGCACAACGACAAAAAGCAAAAAUAUGGAGGUGCCCCGAACCACCCCAACCCGCUCUGCUGCACCUGGGGGUUACAGCACACUCCCAUGGCCUUCUGGAGUACCUCACACACUCCCCUGAUGAGUUCAAUAAGCACUACAGAUGCCUCCUGUCAGUCAAACCCCAGCAACCUGAAACCACUUCUUCAAGCACGUCCCACCCUGCUGGGCUGCCUUUACUGACACAUGGCCCCGAGAGAGACAUCACCACGCAUGUACUCACCUCUCUGCUCAGGGGCAUACUUGAUGAUCCAGCCUUCACCCACUCUCUGAUUUCUUCAGCAUCCAAGCCCUUCACCUACCAGCUUCGAGAAACUAGUCCCUCUCACUGCUCCUUGUUUCACUCCUCCCUCCUUCCCUCUCGCAGUUCCACAUUGUCUCAGCCUGCACCCCAACCUCAGGUUGUGUUGAGUGGGACAAUGGCUGGGCAGAGGGAACAGCACAACUCAGUGGACAACAAGGGGACUGCAGGAUGUUCAGGAAACAGGCCCCACACAGAGAACGCACCACACACUGAGCAUGUGCCCGCUGAAAUAAGUGAGGAUGUUUUGCUGAACACCCUCCAGAACCUGAUGAUGGAAGCUGUCAGAGGGGAGCUUGUCCUUACAGCGCACCCCCGCACUGUUAUCUUACCACCUGUUUCCACCAGAACCAGGAGGACGUCCAGAGCCAUGGCUGAGGAGAGAGACAAUUUGGAAAACAGAGGGGAACCAGCAGGGACUUAA